UGUUUAUUUUAGUUACAAUAAUAAUAACAAUAGUAAAAAUUAUUAUCUGUUUUAUUGGACGCAUUAGAGACUAGAGAGAUAGAGUGGGAGACGGAGAAGAAAUGGGUGCUGCUCAAUCGGUAUCUGAGAAAUCCAUUCACGAAUUCACAGUCAAGGAUGCCAGAGGUAAGGACGUCGAACUUAGCAAUUACGAAGGGAAGGUCCUUCUCGUGGUUAAUGUUGCUUCUAAAUGUGGCUUUACGGAUUCGAAUUAUACCCAAUUGACCGAGCUUCACAACAAAUACAAGGACAGAGGGUUUGAGAUAUUGGCAUUUCCGUGCAAUCAAUUCUUAAAGCAAGAGCCUGGGUCGAGUGAGGACGCUGAAAAAUUUGCUUGUACAAGAUACAAGGCCGAAUAUCCAAUAUUCCAGAAGGUACGAGUCAAUGGGCCAGACACUGCACCUGUAUAUAAAUUUCUUAAGGCAAAGAAAUCUGGAUUUUUAGGAUCCAGAAUAAAGUGGAAUUUUACCAAGUUCUUAGUGGGCAAAGAUGGCGAAGUCAUAGAGCGCUAUGGCACAAGCACCACUCCUCAUGCCAUUGAGGAUGACAUCAAGAAAGCAUUGGGAGAAGUGUGAGGACUUUCAUUCUGUGUUCGGAUUCCAUCAUAAAAUUGUUACUCCUGGAAUGAAAGGGAAAAAGGAAAAGGAAUAGAAGAGUCUUUUGAAGUGCAUAAUGUCUCUGUUUGCUGCUGCUGUUUAACAUUACUUUUGUCCCACUGUCUGUGCCUAGCUGUAUUUUUCUUCUCUUAUUUAUGCUCCCUUACCUCUAUGUCAACCAAUAUUUGUUUUGUUCAUAAUAAUAAGUUCAUCGUGACUAUGUAAUAUCUUUUAUUGUGAUGUAUCGAUAUGUAUAAAGUGUAAUUAGUAUGGUUUCA